AUGGAAUACAAGACGGGGGCUGUUAUUGUUUUGGAGCUAUUUCCCCUUCACUUGCAGAUAAGAGACGAAGAAAGAGGCUACAAUAAAAAUCUAUUUUGCAUUCCUAAGCAUUAUGAAGAAGAUAUAGAAAGAGUCUUCAUUCCUCAUGGUCUCAUCUUGGACAGGACAGAACGUUUGGCUAGAGAUAUUGUGCAAGACCUGGGAAGUCAUCACAUUGUUGCACUCUGUAUCCUUAAAGGAGGCUAUAAAUUCUUUGCUGAUUUGCUGGACCACAUAAAAGCACUAAAUCAAAAUGGUGAUCAAUCUGUGCCUAUUACUGUGGAUUUUGUCAGAAUAAAAAGCCACGGCAAUGAUUCAUCUGCUGAAAAAAUCAAUAUUGUUGGUGAGGAGCUGUCUGCACUAAAUGGGAAGAAUGUGUUAGUAGUAGAGGACAUCAUUGAGACUGGUAAAACAAUGAAAGUACUGCUCUCAAAAAUAAAAGACAAGAAACCAAGGAUGGUAAAAGUUGUAAGCCUGCUGGUUAAAAGGACAUGUGGAAGCCCAGGUUACAGACCAGAUUAUACAGGCUUUGAAAUUCCAGAUACAUUCGUGGUUGGAUAUGCUCUUGACUAUAAUGAAUACUUCAGAGAUCUAAAUCACAUCUGUAUUCUGAAAGAGAACGCUAAGCAGAAAUAUAGGAUGUGA